CUCCUCCUCCUCCUCCUCCUCUCCGGCGGCGGCGUCUUCCCAGUCGAACCGAGAGAGAGAGAGAGAGAGGAUGGCGACGAUUGUGAACACGACCGAGGAGGAGCCGAUGCUGGCGGUGGUGCGCUUCACCGCCGAGCUGGCCUGGGCCGACGCCGGCGCCGACGUGGCCGAGCCGGAGGUCACCCGUCUCUGCGUGGAGGCGCAGCAGCACAUCCUCGCCGCCCGAUGGCUCGACAUGGCCUCCCUCAUGCUCGCCUCCGCCGAUCUCCUCCUCCAAUCCCCGCGCGUCCCUGACAAAGACAAAGAUCUCGAGUGCAUCCUGGCCAUCAUCUGCAACCUCGUCACCAAGGCCAACUCCCAAGAUGAGGCCCUGCAGAUCGCCGAGCUUAUCUGCGCCAAGCUCACCCAACAGCCCGACGACAAGCCCGCCCUGCGCCUCAAAGUUCUUUUCAGCUUGUACAAUCUGCUCGGGAGCCCCUACGGCAAGGCCUUCGUCUACAAGAAGGCACUCGACCUCGCCGCCGCAGCGAAGGCUGCUGACUUCAUUAUCCCUACCUUCAAGAACAUUGACAGCUUCGUCAGUGAUUGGGGCAUUGGCAAGCUGGAGCAGAGGGACCUGUUCCUCGUUGCUGCUAGGAUCCUCAAGGACCACAAGGGCAUGAACAAGGAGUACCUCAACUUUCUCAACAAGUACCUUUCCACCUUUGAUGGAUCGGACAAUGAUGCUGAUGCAAUCGCUGAUGCAAAGGAAGAAGCUGUCGCAGCAAUCAUUGAGUUUGUCAAGUCAUCUGAUCUCUAUCAGUGUGAUCUACUCAACAUGCCAGCAGUUGCACAGCUGGAAAAGGAUGAAAAGUAUCAGCUAGUUUAUGAGCUCUUGAAGAUAUUCCUUACUCGGAGGCUUGAUUCCUAUUUAGAAUUUCAGUCAGCUAACUCUGCCUUGCUGAAAGGUUAUGGGCUGGUUCAUGAGGAGUGCAUAACGAAAAUGCGACUAAUGUCCCUCCUUGAUCUCAGCAGCCAUUGUGCUGGGGAAAUCCCUUACAAUGCAAUCAUAGAUGCGCUUAAGAUCAAUGAUGAUGAAGUGGAGUAUUGGAUUGUGAAAGCUAUUUCAUGCAAGAUAUUGGAUUGCAAAGUUGAUCAGCUUAAUCAGGUUAUCAUUGUCAGUCGGCAUACUGAGAGAAUAUUUGGAAUGCCACAGUGGCAGAGUUUACGUGCAAAGCUUGGAGUUUGGAGGGGAAACAUUGCUAGUGCUAUUAAUACAAUACAAGCAAACAAGGUGACCGAUGAUGGAUCACAGGGGAUCCAAGGCCUGAUGAUCCGCUGAUGGAGAGGGGUUCCAAAAUUGAAAUUAUAGCUUCAACUUAUGAGUAGAUGAGCAAACCUUCUGUAUGAGAUUACUUUUAAUGUGAAUUACUUUGAUCCCAUGACUUGUGGCUGGAUCUGGAUUGCUAUGGCAUACUAAGCAAUCAUUAUUUUUGUAGUCGUAGCCGUGCUUGAAGUCGGGUUGUUACACAAGUACCAAUUAGUCAAUUACUAAAAAGUUUUCAACGGGAUGGCAAAUCUAUUUGGCAAUCUUUGUUCAUAA